AUGCCGGUAAAUGCUGAUGUUGACCUUGACAGGGUGCAACAGCUGGUUGAGGGUGGUGGCAUAAAGCCAGAAACUUUGAAAAAGAGAGCUAAAUCACUCGAUGCCUUGGAAAACUUUCUGAAAUCCAAGCAUGGCACCUCACUUGAACAAGCACUGAUAAGUGCCAAUUUUGAAAACUUGUUGAUGGCCUACUUUGAAAGUCUUCGUGUGCAACAACGAGAUGAAUCUGGUAAUGUGAGUUACAUCAUACCCAAGCGGAAGAAGAUGGAGUCCAACAAGUCUAACCUCAAACUCGCCAUACUCACUAAAACCGAAAACAAGGUGGACAUCUUGAACCAUGGACGGUUCCCCAAGCUCACACAACUUCAAAAAGGUGUCUCAAAAGCAUAUGCAGACUAUUCCGCGCGGACUAUUCCGCGCAGAUAG